AUGGAUAAGAUCAUCGGCGCUCUUACCCAGGAUAAUGACGAUAACCGCCCCAAUGCUUCUUCCCUUGGCUCUGGUAACAAGGGUCCCGGUGGCGCACUAGGACCCCUCGCCGGAAACAUCCUCGGCCUCCUCGACAACGACGACGACAAGCAGCGCGCCGCCGAAGAAGCCUCUCGCCGCGCCGGUGACUCUGGCAACAGCGACCUGUUCAAGACCAUUCUCGGCUCUCUGAGCUCUGACAAGGACAAGGUUGCGAGGGAAGAUAUCGACGAGGAGGACGCCGUUAAGACGCAUAAGAAGUUCUUUGGCAACGAGGGCGACAACGAGCAAGCGGACUCCCGUAGUCUCGGCUCAGCUGCCGCCAUGCAGGCCCUCAAGCUCUUCUCAAGCGGAAACGAACCCCAGAAGUCUUCCUCGGAGAGCGCCUUCUUGGCUCUCGCCAUGUCCGAGGCUAGCAAGCUCUUUGACCAGCAGGCAUCCCAGGGCAAGGUUGCCUCUGGUGCCUCGAAAGAGUCCGCCGUCCAGCAGGCUGGUGAGAUGGCGCUCAAGAUGUACCUGAAGAGCCAGGUCUCGGGAGGUAGCGGGGCUAGCAGCGGCGGAAGCAGUGGUGGUGCUGGCGAUCUCAUGAACCUUGCCUCGAAGUUCCUCAAGUAA